AUGCCAACUCAAAGUGGUCUGAUCAAUACGACGCCCCUUGCGAUUCAGUACGACCGAGUGUUGCAAGACCCAUAUGAGGAUUCUACAAUUGGCCUUUGGGAUAGUCUUCUCAAUGUGUACUUUGAUGCAAAUAGCUGGAUUGUGACUCCUCAAAAGCCCCAGGAAACAAACACUAGGCCGAACUUUGUUAUUGAAAGGCUCUGGGAAAAUAAUACAUUCAUUAAAGUGAUUGUUGUUGAAGCAAAGCCUCAACAGCAAACUAUGGAGCAGGAUCAUCAGACAGAUGAGCAACUACUCAGUUACUCUCUGAAUGCUCUUCAUACAGGUCAGCAAAAGGGUCAAAGAAAGAUAUAUGCUCUGCGGGUGGUUGAUUACAUGGACUCAAAGCAACAUGCGGCGGCAAUUGUACAAAUCUUCGAUACUAUUAAGGCUGCUGAUGUUUUAGUACCAUGA